ACAGACAGCAUUAUUAUGCUAGUAUAUUUUCUACUUUCAGGUAAAGCAUUAGAGGAAUUAGCAAAGGAGAAACCCCAAAUGAAAACUGUUGAAACACAUACAACAGGCUUCAUAAAAACUCUAGAAAGUGUUGAAGCUGGUCUUAUGAAACAGAUUCAGUACCUGACUCAAGUUUCUACAGGUCAGCCACAUGAGGGUUCCUGCUACGCUGCACAGAAAGAUUUGUUGAUGGCAUAUCACCGUAAAGCUCAUGUUCAAAGCCGUCUCGAGGAGUUAGAAAAAAUUCACUCUGAACAAAGACCUAAACAUCUGCAGCUUUCUAAAAGUUAUUCACUACCUCCAAUGGCACAUGGUGCCCCUGGUUCAACAGGAAAUCAAUGAUAUA